AUGACAGAACCCUUCUACGAGUUUGUGCUCGGCUACCAGCGUCUCUUCGGUGCAUAUGUUGCCAAAUACUUCAUCCUCAGACACAAGAAAGGCGAUAUCUUCCAAGACAUCUCAUAUAUUUCUACCCAGCAGUUCUACUCUGAGUACAUUACUCGACCACUAGUUUUCUCGGUAGUCAAUCUGGUUCUUGUUUACUCAUUUCUGUCCUUCCGAUACUCCGAAAUCGCCAGCUUCGCCUUAUGCAUCUUCAUUCAAUUUGGGUCAAGAUUCUUCAAAUGGAUCAGUAAAUUUAGCGUCUAUUUCUCCGCAAAACUAGAUCAUGGAGCAUUCCUCGAAACAUCGAAAAAGCCUCGCAAGAUCAUCGACAUUGAGACAGUCGAAUCGUACGAACACACAUUCAAGCUCGACCAAACUGGCUUCCGAUGUCUUGUUCUGAAAAGUUCAACAGAUGAAAGCAGUGUUAUCGAGUGCAGUCUUUUCGCAAUCUCUAUCACAACUCCACCUUACUACGAAGCACUCUCCUACACCUGGGGACCACCACCGCCACCGUCAGAGCAACAAUACGUCCUUUGCGACGGUAAGAAGCUGCCAGUUACCGAGAACUGCAUCUCGGCUUUGUAUCACCUACGUAAGAAGUACAGCAAUCGUCUUCUCUGGAUAGAUGCCAUCUGUAUCGACCAAACGAACGUCGAAGAGGCGAGUCAACAAGUACAGAUCAUGGGCCAAAUAUACCAGAACGCAGCAAGAGUUAUCGUGUGGCUAGGACCAAGCUCACCAGAGCGAAGAUUGGCUUUCAGGUAUAUUGGACUCCUUUUACAGCUGUCGUGGCUGCCUCAGUCUAUGCGGGAGUGGUUUCGGGACCAUUUGUGGGAAAAGAUCGAAAAAAGAGGACACGAGUCCGCGAUUGCAGAAUUGAGUGAUAUGUCAUGGUUCUCUCGCGUCUGGACAAUUCAAGAAAUCGGUCUCGCACAACAAGGAGUCUGUACCAUCCACUGUGGAGACGACACUGAAAAUUACGACUUCGCAAACGCGGAGUUACUGUCAUUGACCAUAGCAAUUAACAUCCGCAGCGGUUACCCUCUUAACGACACGCUCUAUCACCAGUCAACUCACAUCUUUCGGGCUGAGAUACGGAGCAGAGUGUUAACUGACAAAUCACCGAGUCGAGGUACCAUCGGCAGAUUACUUCGUAAUCUCGCCGUAUAUGACGCUACCAAUCCUAGGGACAAAAUCUACGGUCUCUAUGGCAUUCUGAGCAAAAUUGGCUUCAUCAUGCCCAAACCUGACUACACGCUUUCUCUUGACGAUGUGUACUGGCAAUCCAUGCUCGCAAUAAUCCAGAAAGAGCCGGAUCUUUCAUUCCUGUCGCUGGCGUCGGGCAUGGAUAGCCACAUCCCAGAUGCUCCGUCCUGGGUUCCCGAUUUCAGGAAGACAAGCUCAUUGAUGUGUCUUGACGGUAGCCACCACGCCACGAAAGAGAGUCUAUCAGUCGUUGCCAUCCAGAAUCGCGGUGCAGAACUUCACGUCUCAGGAAUCAUCAUCGACAAAUUAUUACACCACGUCCGACUAAAAGUCUGGGAACCACCAUUCGGAACCCGUCAAGUCUGCGAUGGUCCAUUCUUCGGCCUCUAUAACCCAGAGAUGUUCUUCUUUACAAUCAAGACAUUACAGGAAUGGCUAACGUUAGCGCUAAGGACAGGAUCUCGCGUAUCUGAAAAAUACAGUAACUUUUACACGGCGACCCAAAAAGUUGCUACACAAGGCCAUUUGCCCCUUAUGAGCUGCAGCGGCCAGGAUUUCGCAGGUUUCAUGGAUCUGCUCUACUGGAAAACCGACUGGUACCAGCCUGGGAACCCCUCCGAAGUGCAAAAGUAUCUGGAAAAUGCCGAGAAUGACCCUGAAAUGAGAAGCCGUUUCUUCGAUGACCCGGCAUAUGAGGGGUAUGUAGAGAAUACGGAGUGGAAGAUAAUGUGUGCGAUGAAAGUCCAUCCUAGAAUAUCCAAAGUCUUGCAUUUGGUAUGGGCUGUUGCAAGGGGUAAUACGAUUUUCGAAACUUCAACGGGAUGGCUAGGUGUUGCUGCCAACACAUUGAAGAAGGAUGAUGUGUUGGCUCUGAUCAGUGGGAUAAGGAUGCCAGUAGUCUUGCGGCCAGUGUCUGGGACUGGGGAGAGAAAGUUCAUGGUAGUCGGAACAGCUUAUGUCUAUGGAAUGAUGGAUGGAGAGAUGUGGGAUGAGGGAGAAACGAACUUGGAGAAGUUAAUCUUAGCUUAG